AUGCCCCGGGUGGGCCAUUUGGGCUCCUUCAAAGACGGCCUUUCCUCGCCAAUCGCUUGCCUGGACGAGGAUUCCGACAGCGAUUCCCCCUCCAAGAACUCCGCCAUUUCUGUGGCGUACGAGCUCCCGUAUAGCGUCAUCGAUCGGUUGGUCACCAGUAGAAAGCCGACAGGGGAAGGGGAACCAUCUCGAGAGAAUAAAAUCAAUACCCUGAAAGAGGUGGACCACGAAAACCCAAGCGAGGAGGAAAUCGAGGCGAAUUUAAAGGACUCGAGUGAUAAAUCGACUUCUAAUUCUCUCGGGAAAAAAAUGAAAGGCGAGUCGAAUCAACAUUACAUAAUGAAGAUUUACGAUUCCCCCGCGUUGGUAAAAAAUCUACUUCUUUUUCUACGCUGUGGAUCCGUGAUGUUAAAGCACGGUCGUAGCGGAAAGCCGCACCGCCGUCUAUUCUGGAUUUCCUCUGGCAAAAACGCCAAGGAGCUGCACUGGGCGGACCAUCAGUCCAACUUCAAUGGCAUCCCGUCCUCGAUCUCGUUAAACAGCGUUUCCUCCAUCCAGCUCGGAUUUUUUAGCAAAGUCUUCCAACGGCAUCCGAUCCCGACCUCCGAUCCGGCGUUUUUCUUUAGUUUUUCACUCGAGUUGAAGGGCGGUGUGCGGACAGUGGAUAUUGUAGCGAGCAACCUUCCUGAUUACGAGGCCUGGGUGGUCGGGCUUGCUCACCUUAUUGAAGUCGAUCCCUUCUGGGGCGCAAAGCUUAACAUCACGAGCGAGAAGGGCUUUGAUCAGCUUUCUUAUUUCGAAUCCAAUCUUUGCGAGACGCAUUUUAUUUUUCCAGUUGAUUAUCUAACCUUAAAGGCGAAGCUGAAGCUAUUUAUAAAGCAUACGAUUGAGGUAUUAGAUAAGUGUGAAAACAACGCGAAGAAGGCGCAAAAAAUUCUCAAAGGCAUUCACCCUCCCGCGCUGAACUCACAAGGCGCGAUAUACAUGACGAAGGGUGAGUUGAGGUUUCUUUGCCCAAAGCUUUCGCUUGAUAUCUUUCGUAUUUCACAUAUUUGGAUGCUUUUUCAGCAGAUGAACCUUGUGUAUGAUGAUAAUUUUGUGCCAGUUACGGCAUUUGGUAUCACUAAACGUUCAUAA